ACGAGUCUUCCAGAGUCCAACAAACCUCCAAAGAUGCCUGUCGACUACAGCGGGACGUGGGACGUUGUCAGCAACGUCAACUCUGAAGCAUACAUGGUCGCACUUGGCAUUGAUUUUGCAACACGCAAGAUUGCCUCGAUGUUGAAGCCCCAGAAAGUGAUUAAGCAAGACGGAGAUUGCUUCAUAAUCCGGACAUUCACCACUUUCAGAAAUUAUGAGAGUUCUUUCAAAAUUGGUGAAGAGGUCAAAGAGGUGACAAAAGGGUUGGACAACAGGACAGUUCAGUCGCUGGUGAACUGGAAGAAUGAUAAGCUGGUGUGUGUGCAGAAAGGAGAAAAGAAGAACCGAGGGUGGACUCACUGGAUUCAGGGGGACGAGCUUCACCUGGAACUUACUUGUGAGGAUCAAGUCUGCAUGCAAAUCUAUAAAAGGACUCUGUGACUGUGUCUUCAAAAGUAUCAGACUUCCUAGAACUCCAUUUGUGUUUCCAUGAAAUGAAAAAGCAGCAUGUUCUACACACUCUUUCAAUAAAGAGCAUGUCAUUUGAAAAUAGUGUGUGUCAGUGUGUGAUACAUUUGUGCCUACAGAAUAGGAGUACGAUGAGGAAAUAAUUUGUUCUCACUGGUUUAAAGUCUUACAAAUUAUCACGGACAUACUUUGGGCAAGAAUCUAACAGUACAACGUUGUCAUUUUUAGGUUCAAACUUGUAUCAAUAGUCAUCAGGACUUUAAGAAAAAAGAGGAUAAAUGGCUUCCAUACAAACUAUUUGUGUACACUGCAAAUGUGUGUUUGAUAUUGACCUUGAUUGCACUUGAUUAGUUUUUUAAAUAAAGCC